CUCACCACGCCUUCCUUUAAGAUCACCCGACUGGCAGGCCUGGCCUGGCCUACAAGAACGUCUCUUUGUUUUUGACCUGCUUCUUCCCUGUGUCUCUCUAGUUUUCCACUAGCCAUCCCCGAGCCGUCCACGAGUCCUCCACCAAACCUAUCAACCGCAAUGAGCUUCUUGCUGCCUAUCCACAUCCUCACGUACGGAUACACCUUCGGGUCCACCACCUUCCACUCCUUCGUCGCCUCCAUCAAGGGCUUGGAGGUGCUUCCACGCCGCCAGUUCGGCGAGUUCCAGGGCGCCGUCUUGCCGAUCCAGAUCAUCACCCAGUCGCUAGCCCCCGUGGUGAUUGGCGCCACCGCCCCCUACACGAUUCCGGGCGUCGGUCUCGGGCUCUUGCUGGCCAGCUCCGCCGGCGGUGCCAUCAACUGGGCGUGGUUCACGCCAUUGUGCAACAAGUUGAAGGACGAGCGGUGGAAGCUUGUCGACGCCCGUUUCGGCGGCGACAACGAGAAGGCAGUCGCUAGCGGCGAGUUGAAGGCCAUCGACAAGGAGUUCGGCAAGUGGCACGGCAUGAGCAUGGCUGCCAACCUCGUCAGCAUCCUCACCAUUACCGCCUACGGCUUCGUUCUCAGCGGCAAGCUCAGAGUGGUCCCAUGAUCUCGCAGCGCAGAGAUACACUGUAUACCUUUUCAUGAAUUGAUGCUAUUUACAAAGAUGUCUGUAGAAGAGCCGUCGGCGGCCCCCGCCCGUCAGAGGUUCGGCGGCAGCAUGAUCGACGCCACAAGCGCUGGCGACCGCUCCGUCGCCAACAAGUCGUAGCUCAAGGCACUGCUCCUCGUGUCCCCCGUCUCCACACGUAUCCCAAGCUGGCUCAGCCUCUCCUUCGUCUUGGGCCCCAACAUCCUUGUGCGCUUCCCGAGCCCGGCCACAAGCAACUCCGGCUUCGGGUACACCAACCCAAGCACGUCCGUCACCGCCUCGCCAAGCUCCACCACCACCCCGUUGUGCUGCAGCUCGAUGCCCUCCAAGCUCAGCUCGAAGA